AUGGAUAACCAACAACAAGAGAAACUGCUGAACUCAGAAUCAGAGAAAUCCGAAUCUGAACAACAAGAGAAACUGCCGAAAUCGGAAUCAGAAAAAGAAGAAUCAGAGUCUGAAUCAUACGAAGAUGAAUCAGAGUCGGAAUCAGAAGAAGAUGAAUCAGGAUCGGAAACUGAGUCAGACUUGGAUUGGGAAUCGAAACCAAUCGAAUAUCUAAAAGAAAAGUACGAAGACGAUCCGUGUCCAUGUUAUUUUUCAUGUGAUAGGUUUGUGUACAAGAAUAAAGCAAUGAUAAAACAAGAAGAGGAUAGUGAAAAGGCCGUGGAUGAGUAUUGGGAGAGGAGUCGUAACAUAAGUCCCUACGAUGCUAUUCCUGUUCCACCUUUGGCGAAUUUACGUUUCAGUAACUUCCCAAGACCCAUUACCAUUACAGAAGGAUGGCGCCCACGUUUCAUUCACCUCUCCAAACUUGCUCUGGAAAGCUACAACCAUGACAAUCAGGGUUUAAAUUACGUGUUUGAAGACAUUGUCAAAGCAGAUGAUGAUUCUUUCUUUAACUAUCUCAAUAGUCUUUCUCCUUUAAAGACCUUGAACUCACCUCCCAUGGAUUAUUCUCUUUUCACAUCACCUGAUGUCACUUUUUUUGAGGAUUCCACAUUCUUCGAUUCUAGGGAUAACCUUUUCGACACAUCAAUCCCUCAAGUUUCGUGCGAGAAUGUAAAUGUUCCUACUUAUUCUACUAAUUUAUCUCAUGAUUCAACUGAGUCAUCUAGUCAAGAAGCUGUGCAAUAUGGUUCUUGUAGCCCAGAAGAUCAUCCACUAAUCUCAAGGGAUGAUGUUAACUACCUUCUUGGAUUACUUGGCAUGCAAGAACCAAAUGGUACCAAUGUACCAGACCACUCUCUCAAAGAUUCAAAUGAGGCAAACACUGAAGUGCCAGAUUGUGAUUACAAUAGCUUAAUUAGUACAACACAAUCUUUGAUUCCUUUACCACAAUCUACCACUAACAGUAGUAAUUAUACAAUGCAUACUGUUGAUCCACCUGCUUCUACUUCAAUACAUGAGUCUGAAAAUAAUCCUUAUCAACCAAUACCUGCCACUUACAGAAAUCAAACAUGGAACUAUCUUGCCAAUUUCCCUUUAAUGGAUACCAAUCCAAUUCAGACAGGGAAUGCCGAGCUUGUGCGUAUUAGACACAGUAUUGAGAUGGGUUUUCUAGACUAUGACAAGACCAGUUAUACUUCUAACAUCAGUUCCUGUUCUUCAAAAUCUGAUAAGAGGAAUGCAAUUCCAGCCUCAAAUCAUUACAAAGGCAUUGAAAAUGAAAUGACAUUUCCUGGAAGGAAUCCUCAACUGCCGAGCUGCACUUCUUCUUUGGAAAAUCACCUAUUGCAGGUCCCUGCAUCAGUGGAAAAUCAUUUGGGGCCAUCUGAUUAUGAAUUUCAGUCUACAAAAGAUUUCACUAAGUUUUUAGUUCACAUUACGGGUGAAGAUUUCUGCGGCAGUACUCUCAAAAUGGAGAGUAAACAGUUGGAUCCUCCAAACAUGAAAAGGAAGAGGAAAGGUCAGAUUGAUCUAGGUGCUUCUUGUUCAAAACAUGAAAAAGAAGAGGAAAGUGCUGAUUUCUGUCAGAGUACCCUCAGAAAGAAGAGGAAAAUCCACAAAUCAGGUCACUGUCAAUGUAAAAAAGCAAGCUGCCUGAGGAAAUAUUGUGAAUGUUUUAAGGGUGGUGUUGGUUGCUCCCCAAGUUGUAAGUGUCAAGGAUGUGAGAAUAUAUAUGGUAGAAACGAUAGGGAAGCGGAAACAAAAUCGGAGCUUGAAGAAACAGAAGCAUUACAGAUUUGUAGGUAGGAUGAUAUGCUAAUUUUUAUGUUUGAUGAGAUGAUAAAUUGGAGAAUCCAUUACCUUAUUUAUCCAUUGGAGAAUCCACAAAAUCGGAGCUUGAAGAAAAUCGGAGCUUGAAGAAACAGUUCAUUAUUGAUGUUUGCAUGUGACAGAUCAUUGGUUCCAUUACCUUAUUUAUCCAUUGGAGAAUCCACAAAGAUCUUUCGCUGAACUGUUUGGCAGCAAAAACCAAGAGCUUAUGGAAUCAAAUGCUAUCGGAUCGGUCUAUUCACAUGAAAAUAUACAAUGAAGCCACAUGCAGUUACUUCUUUAGCAGAAUAAUAUUUCGUAGACUUACAAGCAUUUCAUACUCAUAACAGUUUCUACAAUGUAACUGGAGAGACACAAUAGUUGAAAUCUUCAAAGGAUUGCAAAGUAGUGACUUGCAAAGGCGUUGAGUUAAACUCGUGCAUUCAAUCUUUCAAGCAUUGCAAAGUUAGCAACAUGAGUUAAAUUUCCUGCUGAAAUUCAGAUUUAACUAUUGAAUAUACGUACGGCA